CAGUAAGUUUUCUGCUGAAUCUGCUCUACAGAUUGCAUCAUCGCAUUUUUCACUCCCUUUAUUGUUCGAUUUUUGAUCUAUUUCUUUGACUCCGUAGACAGGUAAUACCCGUACGGCACUGAUCCAGAGAAGAAAUCUUUCGCCAUGAGUAAGCUACAAAGUGAUGCUGUAAGGGAAGCUAUCUCCCAGAUUGCUGGUGAUGCGAAGGAGAAAAAGCGCAACUUUGUGGAGACUAUUGAACUCCAAAUUGGUCUGAAGAACUAUGAUCCCCAAAAGGAUAAGCGUUUCAGUGGUUCUGUUAAGCUGCCACACAUCCCUCGUCCUAAGAUGAAGGUCUGCAUGCUGGGUGAUGCUCAGCACGUGGAAGAGGCAGAGAAGAUAGGAUUGGAUUAUAUGGAUGUGGAAGGACUGAAGAAACUUAACAAGAAUAAGAAACUGGUGAAGAAGCUUGCCAAAAAGUACCAUGCCUUUCUGGCAUCUGAAGCUGUCAUCAAGCAAAUCCCCCGUCUCUUGGGCCCUGGUCUAAACAAGGCAGGAAAGUUUCCAACAUUGGUGACCCAUCAGGAAUCCCUCGAGUCAAAAGUUAAUGAAACAAAAGCAACAGUGAAGUUCCAACUUAAGAAGGUCCUGUGCAUGGGUGUUGCCGUCGGCAAUUGUGCUAUGGAGGAUAAACAGAUUUUCCAGAAUGUUCAAAUGAGUGUUAACUUUCUUGUUUCGUUGCUGAAGAAGAAUUGGCAAAAUGUAAGGUGCUUAUACCUGAAGAGCACCAUGGGCCGACCAGUCCGCAUCUUCUAAGAACGCAUGUAUUCGUGGAAGCAGUUUGGUGAGUGGUGGUAGCGGAGGAGAGUCCUAUACUACAGUUUUUCUGGGAAUCCUUGUCGUGCCUUUUUGUUUUUUGCUUUCUUGGUUACUAUUGUUGUUUGAACUUGCUCAAUACUGUGGUUUAGAUUCUAGCCGCAGGAUGUUUUGGGGAUGAGAUAUAAGAGGAUUCAGUGCACUGUUUUGCUUGUUCAGACUA